GAUAGCAGUGUUUUCUGUGACCGUUUUGCAUGAUGAUCGAAUAGUGCUUGUGGCAGAGCAGCGCCCUGAUGCAUCAGAGGAGGAUAGUUUUCAGUGGAUGAGCAGGGUUCUACAGGCAAUUGAUAGUAUUCACCAAGUGGGCGUCUACUGUCUUGCCUUGGUGCCAGCCAAUACUUUGCCAAAGGCUCCACUCGGAGGAAUUCAUAUUUCAGAAACCAAGCAGCGCUUUUUAGAGGGUGCUCUGCACCCUUGUAACGUCUUGAUGUGUCCACAUACUUGUGUUACUAACCUGCCCAAGCCUCGACAGAAACAACCAGAUGUUGGUCCUGCUUCAAUGAUAGUAGGAAACCUUGUUGCUGGAAAGAGAAUUGCACAAGCCUCAGGGAGAGAUGUUACCCAGUUGGAGGAUAAUGACCAGGCAAGAAAGUUCCUGUAUUUAGCAGAUGUUCUUCAGUGGCGAGCUCAGACAACUCCAGAUCAUCCCCUCUUCCUUCUGUUGAAUUCCAAGGGCACUGUAGCUAGCACUGCAUCGUGCAUACAGUUGCACAAGAGAGCAGAGAGAGUGGCAGUCGCACUGAUGGAGAAAGGACGACUGAAUGUUGGUGACCAUGUGGCCCUGGUUUAUCCUCCAGGAGUAGACUUGAUAGCAACUUUCUAUGGCUGCUUAUAUGCUGGCUGUAUACCUAUCACCGUUCGCCCACCUCAUCCACAGAAUCUUGCUACCACUCUGCCCACUGUCAAAAUGAUUGUAGAGGUCAGUAAGUCCGCAUGUAUACUGACCACACAAGCGAUAAUGAAACUGCUGAAGUCCAAGGAAGCUGCAACAGCUGUAGAUAUUAAAACAUGGCCCACUAUUUUGGAUACAGAUGAUAUGCCUAAAAAGAAGCUGGCUAGUAUUUUCAGACCUACAUCUCCAGAUAUGUUGGCAUACUUGGACUUCAGUGUGUCUACUACUGGUAUAUUAGCAGGAGUAAAGAUGUCACAUGCAGCUACAAGUGCCUUAUGUCGCUCUAUAAAGCUACAGUGUGAACUGUACCCUUCACGUCAGAUUGCCAUCUGCCUUGACCCUUAUUGUGGCUUGGGAUUUGCACUAUGGUGCUUGUGCAGUGUAUAUUCAGGUCAUCAGUCUAUUCUGGUCCCUCCUCUGGAACUGGAGAGCAAUGUGUCUCUGUGGUUGUCUGCUGUAAGUCAGUAUAAAGUGCGUGUCACGUUCUGCUCCUACUCUGUGAUGGAGAUGUGCACCAAAGGGCUUGGAACACAGACUGAUAUACUCCGGAUGAAAGGAGUUAACCUGUCCUGUGUGCGAACAUGCAUGGUGGUUGCAGAGGAAAGACCAAGGAUUACAUUAACACACUCUUUUUCUAAGUUAUUCAAAGACCUGGGCCUCUCUGCUCGUGCAGUGAGCACUACAUUUGGGUGCAGGGUCAAUGUAGCGAUUUGCUUACAGGGAACAACAGGACCAGAUCCAACAACAGUCUAUGUAGAUAUGAGAGCACUUCGACAUGACAGGGUGCGUUUGGUAGAGAGAGGUUCUCCACACAGUCUGCCGCUUAUGGAGUCUGGGAAGAUUCUUCCAGGGGUAAAGGUCAUCAUAGCACACACAGAAACCAAGGGACCUCUGGGAGACUCACAUUUAGGAGAGAUAUGGGUGAGCAGUCCGCACAAUGCUACUGGUUACUACACAGUGUAUGGAGAAGAAGCACUGCACGCUGAUCACUUUACUGCUCGCUUGAGUUUUGGAGACACUCAGACCAUAUGGGCUCGGACUGGUUACCUUGGCUUUCUGCGCAGAACAGAACUUACUGAUGCUAGUGGAGAGAGGCAUGAUGCCCUGUAUGUGGUAGGCUCUUUGGAUGAAACACUGGAGCUCAGAGGAAUGAGGUACCAUCCCAUUGAUAUAGAGACCUCUGUAAUAAGAGCACAUAAGAGCAUUGCAGAAUGUGCUGUGUUUACAUGGACGAACUUGCUGGUGGUGGUUGUGGAAUUAGAAGGCUCAGAACAAGAAGCGUUGGACCUGGUCGCACUGGUAACAAAUGUGGUUCUGGAGGAGCAUUAUCUUAUAGUAGGUGUUGUAGUCAUUGUGGACCCCGGCGUUAUUCCUAUCAAUUCCCGUGGUGAGAAACAACGAAUGCACUUAAGAGACGGAUUUUUAGCUGACCAGUUGGAUCCUAUUUACGUUGCCUACAACAUGUGAAAACAGAAAAUCACAUCAAGGCUAAAGCACCAAAUUCAAGGGACUUUCUGACUAAUAACAUUGGAAUCCAUUUUCUGUGUUUUUAAAAGCUGUUGAAGACCUUAGGAAAAUGGAGAUACUAAUCUUCACAGACCUUCAUCUCUCGGAUUGCAUUUGCUUUCAUAAAUCCAUUGUAACAGUUACAGCUGUCUUGAGACGGAGAGUUUACUGGAAUUCCUGAAGGAAGCUUCUUAGAACUAUCAUGGACCAAUGUUUUUUUACAAUAAUUAUGAAUGUCAGUACUUGAUGCACUGCAUAAAAGGACAUAAAGUGGGGUGGGGAGAGAACACCAGCUAUGAGGAGGACUCUUGGAAAUAAUGCUGAAGUAGUGAGUAACCGUUCGGAGUUCACCCUCCAUGUGAUUGUUUGCAAUAUAUUGGCAGUAUCUGGGUUGGGACAUAACUUUCAAGAUUGCACACAUCUACCAUAUUCUCUACUGUACUGAAAGGAAUUUUGCACAUAUUUGAGAUUUUAAAAUGCAGCCUUUUUAUUUUAAAUCACUGACUCAUCCCUAUUCAGAAGAAACAAAUUCAUUCUGAUCCCAGAUUCGAUGUAACAACAAUUAUGCUGCUGUUCAGCUUUUUUGCCAAGCAAAAACAAAUACUGAAACUCUAACAAGGUUACUUAUCAUGCCAUGCUGGACUCUGUAAUGCUAUAAACUUUAUAAUAAAAUAUAAA